AUGAAGUUGGAUGCUACAGAUGUCAGGUACAUUACACCGGAUGAGUUUCGUGUACUCACAGCUGUGGAAAUGGGAUCAAAAAAUCAUGAGGUGGUACCUACGCAUCUAAUUGCCCAAAUUUCGUCUCUUCGUCAUACAGGUAUUAGCAAGUUGCUUUCUGGCUUGCUCAAGCGUCGGCUUGUUGCACGUGUGCGAAAUAAUGUCUAUGAUGGAUUUCGGCUCACCUACGGUGGAUAUGAUUACCUUGCAGUUCGCGCAUUGAGCAAGCGCAAGAGUGUGUAUGGUAUUGGUAACCAGAUUGGUAUCGGAAAAGAGAGCGAUAUAUACAUUGUGUCGACAGAAGAGGGCGAGUGUCGAGUACUGAAAAUUCACCGACUCGGUCGCAUCAGUUUCCGGAAUAUUAAGGAGAAGCGUGACUAUAUGGGCAAACGCAAGAGUGCGAGCUGGAUGUAUAUGAGCCGGUUGGCUGCUGAGAAGGAAUAUGCGUUCAUGCAAAUUCUGCAUCAGCAUGGAUUUCCUGUUCCUACGCCAGUGGAUCAAAACAGACACACUCUACUUAUGAGUUAUGAAGACGCAUACCCCCUUCGGCAAAUUUCAGUGCUGCCUCUCGAUCAGAUUCGCCGCCUGUAUUCGGCUCUCAUGGCCUUGAUUGUUCGCUUGGCGCGUGCUGGCUUGAUUCACGGUGACUUUAACGAAUUCAACUUGCUUGUGCGUGAAAUCCGCAAUGAGGAGGAGGAUGACAGCGUGAGUGCAGAGAGUGAUACGCCAGCCACGGAUGACAGGAGCGAAGGUGUCGAGGAACACGGAAAAGGAUUCACACGAAUUGUCAAGACAGAUUCAGCAUCAGAAGAAGAAAGCGGAGAGGAGGACGAAGAGGAGGACGAUACGAGUCCGCUGAAUCAAGUAGUUGAGCUGGGUGAAGGUGUUCAAGUCGAGCCCAUUUUGAUUGACUUUCCCCAAAUGGUCAGCACUGACCACCCCAACGCUGACAUGUUAUUUGACCGCGACGUGAACUGUGUCCGCCGAUUUUUCCGGAAGCGUUUUCGAUUCGAGUCAGAAGAAUUUCCCACUUUUGCUGAGGUCAUGGAGACUGUGCGACGGGAUGAAUCAGAGCGCCUCGAUGUGCUUUCGCGGGCCAGUGGUUUUAACAAGAGCCUGGACCAAGAUGAUCUACUAGCAUCACACUAUGAACGUAUGCAUAUUCAAGAUGACGCUAAAGAGGAGGAAGACGAAGAUGACGAAGACGAAGAAGGUGAUGACGAAGAAGGUGAUGACGGAGAAAGAGUCAGUGAGGAAAGUGAGCUGGAAAAAGGUGGUGCGGACGUUGAACGAGUGGAAAGGGCUCGGCAUGAUACCUCGGCAGCGAGACCUGCCAAGCAUAGCCACGACGUGUCAUACGUUGCCUCUCGCACGGCAGCGUCGCGAGCGCAUGCACAGCGCCAGUCCUCAAAGCAUCAUGGUCGUAAGGCGCAGUCUACCAAGACAGGUCGUCGUCAUGGGGGCGGCAAGGCCAAGUACAGCUCGGCCCGUACGAUCCAAGAUUCCUUCGCUUUCUAG